AGAACUGCUCUCCGAGCUUUACAAAGCAUGGCUUGAGAAUCAUAGCCAAUUCGCUAGUUACCUGAUUCUGGGACAAGUCAGAUAGAAAGAAACAUAUCUGGCACUUCAUUCAAACCAAACUGUCGUGUAUCGCAACAAAGCAGAAGAUACAAGCGGCCCAAAACGCGAAAAUAGGCAGCUGUGUACGCAGGCUAGCUAACGUUAGCUAGUCACGAAGACGCAAUUGUGUUUAGAGAACACCCUCCUUCCUUCGGCAUUCAACUUACCUGAUCCUUGGCUUCAGGAUAACAGAAGAAACACUGACAACAACGAUCCCAGUUUUUGAUCUCUAACAAUGUUGGGACUUCAGAACACCAGAACUGGAGGCGAUCUGCCAACCAAGACCUAUCGCUGCGUGGCUUGUGCAGCCACAUUCCCAGGGCUGUCCUCUUUACUGGUACACCAGGCCUCCCAUGCCAAUGAUGGUGACCCGCUGGAGAAGCUUCAGCUGCCCCCAAGCUCACCGGGGAUCUACUGCACCCACUGCUGCACUGCGUUUGCCAGCAAGGAGCUCAUGAAUCAGCAUCAAUGUGGAGCCUUGACUACUACAUCAUCUAGUUUCAUGUGUGAGUGUGGAGAACAUUUCCAACACCGUGGCGCUCUGAUGGACCAUAAAAAGUUGCAUAAUCAAGGAUCUGAUCUGCAGGUACAGGACUGUUCUAUAGAAGGGGAGAACAAAUGCAAAACAAAGGGGACAGCCUCCAGCCCACUUGACCAUACCAAUCCACCCUCUUGUCAGGGGUCCCACCUGGUUUCUGGUUCAGAGUCAUGCCCUUCUGACCUCCAGCGCAUCCCGCUGCUGACUGGCUCUGCGAUUGCUCCUGAGAAUGAUAUAAUGGAGGAUUUUUCAGUGGCGACCUCAUCUCAGUCUAAUUUUAACAAAGUUCCGCUGGUCCCUGGGCAGCCCACGUCUCCCUCUGUCUCCCAGCCUGAGGACCAGCCCUCACUCUUUGGAUGCAGUGCAACGGCACCCUUUCUGCCAUCAAAUGCUUUUCCCUCCAGCAGCAUUCUUCCUCUACCCCUACCCCUAGGCCUCCAGCAACCCAAGAAAACUUUGAAAAAGAUGCUGUUUUCAGAAUUCAUGAAGCGCUUACCGCCAGCUCAGCUAUCUUGGAACCAUACAAAGGGGAACAGUUUAUCUAAAAAUGCGGUGAGCACUGUGGUGGGUGUCGAAGCAUCGCCUGCAUCAUCUUCGGGACCUUCAGUAAGUCGGCUCAGAAAACUGUUAGCCAAUUCUGCUGCAAAGAGAAGCUCUUUCUCUCAAGCUUCUGCUAUUUUGAAUCUAAUCAGUUCAAGUAAAUCCCACCCUAAAAGAGCAGGGUACAUUGUCAGUUUGAAUAGGACCUUCCUCCCUGUCGUAGCGCUUGUGACACGCCAAACACUGUUGGGCAGUGGCAAUGAUGGGUUGGAGGGGCGACACCAAUGUGGCCGCUGCCGGAAGAUUUUUCAGGACGUGGACAGUUUGAUAUUACAUCAUGCUGUGCACAGGAAGGAAAGGAUUAAUGGCUGCCACCACUGUGGCCGACUGCUUAUUGGUAAAUUAGCCUUUACAGAGAACCACUUGUGUCCCCAGACCACCAUGCUAUCUCCCCAGGAUAUUUUCUCAGUGGGAAUUCUGCUUUCCUCUUCCACAAGCGCCCAUGCACACUCCACCCGACCGGACAGUAUUGGGGCUAAUCCCUUGCAACAACCCACCACCAUCCCCAGUGCAAAGAGAAACUAUCACUGCUUCCUCUGCAAUCAAAGCUAUACUCGCUUGUACCGUCUAAAGAAGCACAAGUGUGUUGCGAUGACUUCUAUCCUGAAGGCUGCUGCGUCCCACAAGAAGGUUGAGGUGUCCAAUACAAUUAAGCAAAAACAAGUGUCUACAGCAGAAUUGGAGCCAAGUGAAGAGGCUGGAGAUGAAUCGUCACUGAUGCACAAAAGUGUUGGGGUGGGAACUGUAGGUCCAGAGGAUAUCAAAGUGGAGGCUUUUGAUGUGGGGUCUGUGAAAGAGGCGAUAUCUUCUCGUUGCCUGCAAGCUGACGGUGCUCAUAUAGAAGUCAGCCCAGAUUCCCCCGAGACGCUUAUGCCUUUUCUUAAUUCAGCCGAAUAUACACCAUCAAACAUGGUGCUAUCCCAGACUGAGGGAAGCUGUGAUUUUCCUGUGCAACAUCAUGCAUCUCUUGUGCAAGGCCAUUUGGAAGAGGACAAGACAGAAGGCAAGAUGGCUAGUGGCAGUACUCUUCAAGGAAAGGGAAAGUGGACCAUGCCAAUUGAUGAUUCAGAAAUUGAUCAACUCCUAGAGGCAGAGGGUGCUGGCGAUGAUGAUGAUGAUGACGACGAUGAAGUGGACAGUGUGAUGGAAUCCAUUGUUUCCACUCAAAAUCAGAAGAGCUCUCAGAAUUCGGCUUUUCUAGGAGUCCGUAAAUAUUUUGCCUGCAGUCACUGCGGAAGAACCUAUACUCGACGCUUCACCCUGCAUCAGCACCAAAAGAAAUGUCAUCUAGGUGUAAGGCCACCAAUGCAGCAAAAUAUGAGAGUGGCAUUGCCAGUCAGUAAAGCCGUGGGGGGCAAGCAAAGCUUUGAUUGUCUCCAGUGUGGGAGGAGCUUCUGUUACAGGGACACCCUAGUUCUGCAUCAGAAGAACUGCCAGCCAAGGAACGGCAGAGGGAAUGGGAAAGGAGGCUACGCUGGCCCGAAAAAGAGGAGCAGUAUGCCACAAGGACCAGCUCCUGUAGCCAGACCAGGGAGACUGUUUGUGUUGCCACCAUAUUCACAGGCGAAAGGCAGCAAAGGCCCAGAGAACAAAACGCAGGCCAUUGGAGGAGAUUGGGGCAUUAUGUCAUUGCCAUCUGUCCUGCCAAGAAAGGUAACUUGUGAGUGUGGAGAAGGGUUCACCUGCCCACGGCUUCUGUUUGAGCACCUGCAGUUGCACGCCCAGGAGUCCUACAUCUGUCCAAACUGUGGUGACAACCUGCCGUCUUGGCAGGUCUUUGAGGCCCACCUUCGUAAGCACCAGCGCACUGCAUGCCAAAAUUGCAAUCAGACAUUCAGUCAGCGCUGGUCCCUGGUCAGACACCUGAAAGAAAAAAGGUGCAAGGGCAACUCCAUGAUGGAGAAGAAACACUGCUGUCCGCGAUGCAAGCUGGAGCUGCCCAACGCAGUUAGCCUCAAGCUUCACAUGCAGAGCCUGCCCUGUAAACCGUCCCGCAAGCUCAUCCGAUGUCCCGUGUGCACACGUGCAUUUGGUGGGGUAGAGGAGCUCCAGGGGCACCUGAUGGCCCACAGUCAUCCAAAUGCCUUCCACUGUCAGCUGUGCCUGCGCAGCUAUCCCACCCUCAGGUCACUGAAAGACCACCGAAGGAAGGUUCAUCGCAAGAAGGAAAAAUGUUUUGGUCAGGAGAGUGUGGCAGGGGUGGCAGUAUUAUGAAUAUCCUUUG